CCUCCUCUAUCUGCCGAGCCCCGCGCUGGUGCGCCCCGCAAUUUGCGUUCUGUGGGACCGCCACUACUGCGGACUAUAACAACGUCGCCUAUUCACAGUGUCCGCCCACGCAUCAAAGGCGAGCAGGAGGCAAGCUGACCUGGAGAAGAAGAGGUGCGCCCCUUCGUAGUGCCGAAAGCGGAUCUCCAUCUGUGCGCUGUUGUGCGGAAUAUGUGUCGACUUCGCCCGGAUUGUGCGCAGCGCGGGAUUUGAUGAGCUGCGCGUCUGUUUCGCGUGACAACACCGCUGUGUCGUUCGCGUCAAGUGCAUCUCCGUCCUCUUCUCGCUACUGGCCUCGGCGUCUGUGAUUUUCGGUCGCGAUGUCGGUGUUCGGAGAAAAGGCCUAGCGGGUGCCAUGAGAGGCGAGCGCUGUUGCGCCAGCGGAGUGGAGAAGAAGCCGGCGGCGGUGGCGGCUCGGCUUGCGUUCAACGCUAAGCCGCUGCCGGCGAACGACAACGCCGGAUUGCCGCCGGUGCUUGGCACCGGUUUCAUUGGUAGAGCAGGCGCCCUGUCAGGCAUGAUGGAGGCUGCCCUGGCUCAGCAGCAGCAACAGUAUGACCUGUCGCAGCUAAACUACACAAACAACAACAGCAGCAGCCUCGGGGCACUAAGACGGCCCCAGAAGGAUGCACCAGCCAGCACCACGUCCUCGUGCACGGACUCUGUGCUGCUGCAGGAUGGGGGAGAUGAGCUGCAGUGGUGUGCCGACUAUCCUUUCAACAGAGAAUUCCAGAGGCAUCUAUGUUCCUCAUCGCUCACAUCAUCGGGUCGGCUAAUGCGGCGCAGCAUAUUGUCCGUGUCCGGGGAUGCUGCUUGCGUGAUAGGUGAUGAUGGCGGGGGCCUCGGUGGUGUGGAUCUCUCGUAUGAGGACCUGUCUAAAAACUUUGAUGCCAACCUGGCUGAGAUCGACAUGGAGACCUUCAGGUCGGAGGACAUUCACGCCAUCCUCACACUUCCUGCCCUGUACGGAGGGGACUUCCAGUCGGCCAGCCGAGGAGAGCAGUGUGCCUCGGUGUCCGGCUCGUUUCUGGAGGCUCUGCCUCUAGAUGCCUCGUCUGUGCACGCAAAAACGGCGAGCAGCUCGGGGCACGACGAGGACUCUGGCGAGAUGUCCAUCUGUCGGGACGAACCACUCUUCUCGCCCGUCAAGGAGUGUGGGCCCCCGUUGACGAGCGGACGGGUCGGUGGUGUCAGUGGGGGUGCCCUCUCCACGGACAGCCUCGACUGCAGCUCGUUCGAGGAGCACGACCUUGUGCUGACGUGCCAGGCCAAUAAGGACAACUACACGAUCGCCUUCCAGCAGAGCGGGACACACUUCUCCGACGACCUAUCGGAAGGCAGCGUUCCCUCGGACCAGCAGAGCCACCACAGCGGCAGUGCUGUCAGUGCUACGCAGCCCGCGAGUGGUGGUCCUGGGUCCAUGGCACGGUCCGAGCUGUCCUUCACCACCUGGCACAGGCUAAGGUCGUCAGGCAUUCGUCUCAAGCCGGAUUCGGACACCGGGAAGAGCCAGAGCCUCCCCAACCUUCUGCGACGGUCGGCAGCCGUGGCAGGGCGCAUGGAUGUGGCUGGCAGCUGCCUGCCGCUCUACACGCUACAGGCAUCCACACAUGGUGCAAUCGAUCCACCCGAUGCCCGGUCGGUGUCCCUGUUGCGCCUCUUCAUGCGAAGCAAGGCUGGCAGUGGAGGGUCUCUCUCCAGCAGCCGCUCCGAAAAUUCGGAUUCCGUGACCACACCACGGGAUGGUGCCACUGCUUACCAACUGCAGUCGUCCAGUGAGGACUCCAGCGGGUCCAUGGACUCCAAGAGCGACAGCAGCGAGGACCCGCCUCCUCCACCAAAGUCCGUGGAACCGCUGGUGCGAAAAGUGCUGCGGGCCAGCACAAACGUUGUGGGCAGGGAGGCCAAUAACAACAACGUGGAACCCACGGCUGCCAACGACAAUGAACGGCUGAGGAUGGCGACGUCAGAGAGCGAGGAGGAGACGUCGCAGUGCUUCGAGGACAGUCUGGUGGAAGCGGUGCAGGCACGCAUGAAGCCUGCCAAUGCAAGGAGCCCUAUCCACGAGGAAGAAGAACCAUUCGAGUCCAGUGGGGACGAGACGAUGAAGGAUAGCCGCGACCUGCUAAGUAGUGGCGGGGGCACGUCUUCGGACAAUGCAGGAGUCAUUGAGCGGCGCAACAACGAUGUGAAUUCUUCGUUACGCUGUGCCAAGAGCGGAGCACUGCUCGGUGGUCCUCUGGGAAAAGAGAGAAUAAAGAAUGUUUUCACGACAGUGAAUAAAAACAGUAAUGCUGUGGCUGCAGAGUUGGACGAUCGGCAGUCUAGUCGCAGCACGCAGACCAAGCGCUUUAACUGUAAUGAUGGCUCGGGAUCCGGUUCUACGAGGAAAGUGUCUGACAGCAGUGGAAGUGGAGAGGAAGGCCGAAACGCACGCUCUUCAAGUCUCCUCUCGAGCGGUUACGUGAGCCGUCAAAACUCUGUCGACCAGAUUCACAGGCAGACGUUCCUUCUUAGUGCCGGUGGAAACAGGCGAAAGCAGCCGCCCACGGCCAUAGCUCGAAUGAGGCACUCGAGCACACAAGUGCCGGUGCACAUACGGGACCGUGGCAUUCAGACCAGCGUGGAGGGGGCUGUAUCAGAGAACUCGAACUGGCUGUACACUGUUGAUGAUACGUCGGCAGCAGUGUCCGGACAGCGAAGCUUCAACUUGACAUUGCGCCCACAAGAAGCCAUCUUGAAACAGGAUGGGGAGCAAAAGAGAUCUAUUUAUGUCUGCUAUCCAAACUACUCACUUCCAGAUCUCAGUUUUCUGAAGGAACUGGCUGCAGCCGAAGACAAGCCUGACCUGGUGUUCCGCCCCACCCAGCACAAAAUGCCGCAGCCCGGUGCAUCGGAAGCAGCUGCCGAAGGUGCCACGGCGUCUGCGCAGGUGCCGCCCAACGAGUCACCCGUGCUGCAUAGGCGUACUCACAGCAGCGAACCACACUGGCGGCGUCCUAAAUCAUGCAAUGACUUUGAGGACCUCUCCCGACGCAAUCUGAGUCACAUUCAGGACUGGGACUCGUUGAGUGUGCUACUGCCUGCCGAAGUUAAGGCCAUGGUAUCACACUUCCGCCAUGCUUCUCCUUCCUCAAAUCUUGCGUCGGAACAACAACGGGGGAUCCUGCGCAAGCUCUCAGAUGAGGCCAACAGUCGGCCGAGGAGCCAGUGUGACACCCUCACUGCGGACGUCGACAGGAUCUCUGCGGGCGGCUCUGCCGAAUUUGGCAACCGGCGGCACUCGCUGCAAGACUACCGGCGCCUCCUCAAGGGCCUUCCCGACAUGGAUGGCCUACUUCCUCCCUGUCCGAACCUGGCCUGCAGUGGAGGUUUGCAGCGCGACUCCUCGCUGCCCCUGUCCCGGACCAACUCGGAAGGGUCGUGGCGACGUGCUGGAGGCCGGAAUGCGAGGCGCUCCAUGCCACUGGCGGCUACGUGUUCGUCUUGUCGUGCCAAGAAGGCCGUGAGCUUCAGUGAGGACCUCAACAUUCAUGCAAAUGAUGUGCGGCCCUUGCGGGGAGCCUUCUGCAAGUGCACAUGCGGCUCAAGUCCUACGGCAAACUACGGUUCUCUGGAGAGGCCAUCAAGGAAGAUGACGCUAUUGUUUGGUGGCAGCCAGGAUGACCAACAUGCACCCCAUGAGUUUACCUUGUCGCCCAAAGGUCUUUCCCCAUCGUGGGGCAUGUCACCUUUGUCCAGGAGUCAGCGGGAGCUUGUUGAGCAGAAAAAGGGGCUAUUGGACAACACAAUGCGGUCUAUAAAGCAGGUCCUCGACUGCUACAGCACGGAAAAGGAAUCCCAGCCUGCUGUGGGUGGCGGGCCCGAACCGUGCCUAUCCGAAGGCAGUGCCUGUGGCCGUCUGGCAAUCGAGUUCCUAGUACCCGCGCUUCGAGAACUGCUGUCUGACGGACUGCUGCCACACGUCCGGGGCGUGUUUGGUCGCCUACCCAACUCACUGUGGCACCUGGCUCACUCCCUUAGCCAAGCCAAGGAGGGACGAAAAGAAGUCCAAGAACUUGUAGAGUACAUCGAGCAGGCCGACACUGCUUUCCACGGUGACGGGGAGAAAUUUGGUGCCUGUUUGCUUGGUCUCUUAAACCUGGGCUGCCUGGACACCUGGUUCUUGACGCUGCUGUCUAGCCCGCAGAUACUGCAGAAGCACUACCAGACGUCUGCUGCUUUUGUGCCACUUCUCUCGCAUCCCAGCUUGUUCUUCCUGCGCGAAGAGCUUGCCUGCAGCUUGCGCUCCCUCUCCGAGCUUCCCUUUGGCUUCAGCCUGAGCUUCGCCCUCGGCGGCGAAGCGCAGAGUCUGAAGAAUGCCAAGCCCGCUUCCCGCAAGUCUCCCGGCGGCCUCAAGAGCCCCCCCAGUGUCGACUCCCCGUGCACCCCUAGUGACGAGAACGGCACCUACGACGAGAGUGACGACCUUCGCACUGUCACCUGCCAGAGCUUGGUGGACUCGUCUUCGCUGGAAGAGACCCUGGACAACUCGUCACGCGUCCUUGAACUACAGAAGAAGCUUAAAGGCGGCGCCGCAGUGGCCAGCAGUGGUCUGGGAGGGACCAAGGCCAUCUACCCUGCAAUGCAGAAGGUGCAAGGAAGUGCAGAGGAGAUGCAACGUUUCCGCCAGCUGCGUAAUCACUGGGAGCAGAUGUCCCAUGCGUCACCUAGUUCGGCGGAGGCAGCCAGUACCGUCACAGCUGCAUCUUCUGCAAAACCCACUUCUCCAACAAAGCUCCCGUCACCUACAAAGACGAUCCGCAAGCCCACUGUGACGAGUGGUGCAUCUGCGACCAAAAAGAGCGGUGUACCGUCUGCCGACAACCGGCGCCUUGCACCCCGCGGUGCCACCGCUGGCUCCCGGACCCCGAGCCCUAAUAUCUCAGCCGGCAGUGGGCGACCGCAGCAGCAGCGCCGGUCUCUGAUACCAGUGCACCGGGGAUGGAAGAAGCCGGCAGCCCGAGCGACCCCUACCACUGAUGGAGCCAAAUAAACAACGGAGCAGCCACUGAUGAGGCAUCGGUAGGGCCUGGCAAGCUCUCCAACUUUCUCAAGGCAGUUUUACACAGGCCCUCUUUUCCUUACAAGUUCUACAUCAUCCACCAGUGUGCUAAAGUAGUCCAAGCCCGGUCUCCUUCCUUCAGCUCUGUUAUUGGGCAGUCUGUCUAAUGUCUGUACUGCGUUGACAGUUUCUGUUCUAACCAUUUUAUAAUGUGUUCCCGACCUUACCCUACCUUUUUUUUGUUUUGCUGCAGAAGUGUAACAUGCACUUGUUUUUUGAUGGCUACGUGUGACCCUCGUGUUGUAGUCAAGUUCAUGUGUCGCGUAUGCGGGCCAACAUAUUUAGUUUACAUAGCGUGGCCUUCUCUCUACAUUAGCAUUUGACACAGUUCCAAACAUUCAGUUUUCUCGUACGAUCCUCGACAGGCUUCAGACGUGGUAUGUACAGAUAUUUUUGUGCUUCAGGACUUCCGGAAAACCGGAAAACGUUUUAUUUUUCCGCAUGAUGACACCCUGUGAGGAAAAAAAUGAAGAUAUACAGACACAUACACACCAUAUCUUGGAAGUUGGCACGUGUGGUUGUUGGUGCUGACUCUGCACUCUAUUCAAACAGUGCAUGCGAGGCUGUUGUACUUGAGAUUGCGAGGCAAGGCGUGACUGUGUUGGUCUUCUUUUGUGCAAACGUAUGCGUCGACGCAUUUCUUGUGCGUCAUUUGCGCAUUGUUUUGAGAGACGCACAGUUACUUGGUGUAAUGAGGCAGAAACAAGAAAGGGGGUUAGCACUUACGCAUUAAAUGCACGCUUAGAGUGAGGUUUGUGCCGCAACAUCACAAAAGUCGGGUGAAAAACAAUAGAGAAUGAUACCACCGCAACGGUGCUUUCUUGCAAGAGAACGACGAAUGGAUGUCGGAUGGGCCUAGCCCCUUCAUUGCUUUUGUUUACUUAUUGCCGGCAUUUACAAUACCUUGCUUGCUUGCAUUUUCGUUGGUGUCUUGCGUGCUGUAGUCAUCAGUGUUUCAUCUUUCAAUGUACGCAUUGUCUAGUCAAGAUUGCAGUCACUUCUGUUCGCGUCUGAAGGUGACGCACUCGGUGGCGGUGGACACGCUCGUCCGCUAGUGCGCUCACGCUUUUGAUUCCUGUUGCGUUUGUCACAGUUUAUUGUGCCUCUCAUGUUUUUUUUUGUUUUUUUGUUAUCAUUUUCGGGAAUACAAUAGUGUGUGCAAUGCUCUCAAUGACUGUGCUCGGACCAGCUAGUUGCCAAAUUUUGAGGAAUUAGUAGUUUGUUGCCAAUAAAUAAUUAUACGCUUCAUCGCCUGUUUACUGUAGCUUCGGUUUCACUGUUACGUGAGCCUUCAGUCGAGGGGCACGCGGGGAUCGCUGCGGUUGCAUUGUGGAAAUUCUACAGUGCAGUGUUUCACUUGUGCACAGGAAAUUAGGGGGAUUUGGGUAUUGCAAGCAUAAUAACCUUUUCCUGUCUGCUCAGUCUGCGAUGGAGGUCGCAGCUGUUUCUCCUCGAGUAUUAAUUCACUCGCAUAAGAAAUUGCGUGCUUCUUUCGAAGCUCAUCACUAAUUUAUAAUAAAGCAGCUUUACGGAUUCUCGUUUUGAGGGAUAUUCAUUUUUUUUUCUUUGCUUUAUCGCCUUGUUUUCAAGUUUUCCUCCCAACGUUUUCAUCUUUUUCUGUUAUUUGAGUGUUGCGGUCAUAACCGGUGUUUAACUUGUUGCUCGUUUUUUUAUUCUAGAAUUAAAGUAUCGUUUAGCUCAGAACAGCAUGUCAUGUGCAUACAGUGUCUAGAUGCUAGUGCAUUUGCUAAGGAUUUCACUGGAUGUAUUGUCGUUUUGUACCCAGAACUGCUUGGAAAAGGAGCUUGUGCACUAUUGUCUGUUCUUGCAGAGGUAGUGCUACAUAGCACUGUUUUUGCCGAGUUGGAUAUUGUCUUAGUAAGCACAAUUCGCAACCGUAUGAGGAACGACUGUGGAGAGACAUAACUGUGCCUCAGGUUGUUUCUACUAUUACUAAUGUAGUGUUUUGUUCUUGUGGGCCCCGCCCCCCUCUUUCGAGUCCUCUGUUAUUGAGUUUCCUUUAUUAUAACAGGUUUUACAAUGCUAUAAAUCUGUUAAUUUGUCUUUCGUGAACUCUCUUGACUGAAUGUACCACUACCUGCCGGUGAGGUAGUGUGACACCGGUAUUUUGACUUUGUAUGCGUUCCAGAUUUACUGAGCUUGUUUGUGUUAUUUAUGACUAUAUUUGCAGGGACAUAUCGGUUUUGUUGUGAGAGAGGUACGUGUGAUUUUUUCGUUCCGCGAGUUUUCACAGUGCACGGAAGCUGACGGGGGGCUUGCGUUUUGUAAAUAUGUGGCAGAAUUGUACGUGUGAACAUCAUAAUGCGAGAGUUAGGCUUUGAAUGGGCUUGGGAAACUACAUUCCUAAUUACUAUAAUUUUUUUUUCUCGUGACGUCUGUAGAUGUAGCCGGUUUUCCUGUGCAAUGUAUAUUAAAAGAGAUGACGUGCGCCUCGUACUUGGAGUGGUCACCUGCAAAACUUCCAAGCAUUGUAUGUUAACCAUGUAAAAUACUCUAUAGAUAUAUCAAACAUGUUCCCCUUUCACUUUAUGCCUGAGUUUAGCCUUGUUAAUUGCAAUUCUUUCUGUUGUAACACAGUUUUAGUUAGAAAUUUACCAGCUGUUUGUUGCACAGAUUAUUUUCCUUUGUAACAAAAAGUGCAUAUGAUGAAAUAAAGUGUCAACGGCAUUAAAGAG